AUGAAGUCCAGUCCUGGCAUCCAAGCCGCCAUCGACCUCACAGCGGGGGCCGCCGGGGGAACAGCGUGUGUACUGACCGGGCAGCCCUUCGACACAAUAAAAGUGAAGAUGCAGACGUUUCCCAACCUGUACAAGGGCCUCACCGACUGCUUCCUGAAGACGUACGCCCAAGUAGGUCUCUCGGGCUUCUACAGGGGCACUGGCCCGGCACUGAUGGCCUAUGUCGCCGAAAACUCGGUCCUCUUCAUGUGCUACGGGUUCUGCCAGCAGUUUGUUAGGAAAAUGGCUGGACUGGACAAGCAGGCAAAGCUGAGUGAUCUACAGACUGCGACCGCUGGGUCCCUUGCCUCUGCUUUUGCCGCGUUGGCUCUCUGCCCCACUGAGCUUGUGAAGUGCCGGCUACAGACCAUGUAUGAAAUGGAGAUGUCAGGGAAGAUAGCAAAAAGCCAUAAUACAAUUUGGUCUGUCGUGAAGAGCAUCCUUAAAAAGGAUGGCCCCUUGGGCUUCUACCACGGAUUCUCCAGUACUCUACUUCAAGAAGUACCGGGUUACUUCUUUUUCUUUGGUGGCUAUGAACUGAGCCGAUCGUUUUUUGCAUCAGGGAGAUCAAAAGAUGAACUAGGCCCUGUCCAUUUGAUGUUAAGUGGUGGAGUUGCUGGAGUUUCUCUCUGGCUUGUCGUGUUCCCAGUGGAUUGUAUUAAAUCCAGAAUUCAAGUUCUUUCUAUGUAUGGAAAACAGGCAGGAUUUAUUGGUACCCUCUUAAGUGUUGUGACAAAUGAAGGAAUAGCAGCCUUAUAUUCUGGACUGAAAGCUACUAUGAUUCGAGCAGUCCCUGCAAAUGGGGCGCUGUUUGUGGUCUAUGAAUACAGCAGGAAGAUGAUGAUGAGCCAGUUGGAAGCAGACUGA